ACUCGACGAACCCCCGAUAAUCUAUCCAGCACGCGACCGCACAGCGUCGCCUCAUUCCUCACGGUUCACGGACCACGCUCUCGGGCGAUCCUCCACGGAAAACGGGGGACCAAAUCGAAACGCAAAACCCGGAACCCCCUUUUUGCUACCGCUGCGUAUACGGUUGCGGGCCACUUUCAGACGAGCCGUGUCCUUUGCGUGGACCGCUUCAACAGUUUCGUCCUCUCCCCACUAUUUCGCCAACUAUACAUCAUCAUCAUCAACAACAACAAGGACGACUUUUGCUUCUGAACGGCAACGACUUUCUUAGUUCUCGUCAUUUACGAGAUCAGAAACAGUCUGGAAGAGAGAAUGAUGUGACGAUGAUGAUGAUGAGAUCUAUUGGAGAUCACUAAAAGAUCAGUCGUUUUUUAAAGUUAAAAAGAGAUUCAGUGACACACGUGGGCGGUGUGUUUCACUCCACGUGCUACGACGAGGAACAACUUUUCACUAUAUAAGAGUUGGAAAUCAAGAAUUGUGCGAUAUUAAGUGUUUAAGUUUGGGGGGUAAUUUUUGAGUUCGGUUAUUUUUUAAUUGAACGAUAAGAAAAUAGAAAAGGAAGUUCAAAGUUAUUGAAGAAUAUAUAUAUAUUGGGAGAAGAAGGGAAGAGUUUUUUGGAGGAAGUUAAUUGAGAAUAAGGAAAGGGGAAUAUAAUUCUAGUGAGAGAUCGCGGAUGUUGCUGAAGAUUUAGUAAGAGGAAGGAGUAAAAACUUAGAAAGGCUUUCUGUUUCAAACGAGAUGCCUCACACGGGUCAAGCUGGAGUUAAUCAAUUGGGGGGUGUUUUUGUUAAUGGUAGACCACUUCCUGACUGUGUGAGGCAAAGGAUCGUUCAACUUGCACUAGUUGGCGUGAGACCUUGCGAUAUUUCCCGACAACUAUUAGUAUCACAUGGCUGUGUCUCAAAAAUUUUAACCAGGUUCUAUGAAACUGGAAGCAUUCGUCCCGGAAGUAUUGGCGGCAGCAAAACAAAGCAAGUAGCAACGCCAAGUGUCGUGAAGAAAAUCCUGCGGAUGAAGCAGGAACAUCCAACCAUGUUUGCCUGGGAGAUAAGGGAAGAACUGGCUCGACAGGGAGCUUGCGAUCCUCAGAGCUUACCUUCCGUGUCUUCGGUCAACCGGAUACUCCGAGGUGGUGGUUUACAAACUGAACAUCCGGGGAUUGAGGGAGGAUCUUCUACCGCUUACCAACCGCAAAUGCCAUCCAACGUAGGGAGCGUCAGAGAACCUCUUCUUCGAGGAGAUUAUCAAUUUUUCUAUCCCAGUGCUUUGGGACCUUUGCACGUUUCCACAACUUCCGGAAGUUCUGGAACUCCAACAUGGAAUCCAACAUUCUAUUCGUCACUCUAUCAGGCUACAACUCUACACUUGCAUCACAAUUCACAAUCCCUUGACUCUGAUCGACUGGCAGAUCGACAGGAGAGUCAAUCACAAGUCGAAUUAAAAUCAAGUUCGAGUUCAAUGGCCGGUAGUGAUGAUUCUCUGGACAAAAGUGAUUUAGACGACACAGCCGAGUCUCAGGAUCAUUUUAAAUCUUACCAAAGAUCACCGAUUAUUCUUGAAUUAGGUCAAAAAGUUGGCAGCGAACGAAGCGCAUUUGUUCGACAUGGAGACAAUUCAUCACGAAAUCCAUCAUCGCCUGAUGAAAAUCAUUCAAGGAAUCUUCACGAUCGUGAAUUAAUUGAAAUUAAACAAAAUCCAAAUGACAGUAGCAGUAAUGCAAAUCAAUUGCCACCAAGAAAGAAGAAGAAUCCUUAUUCGAUAGAGGAACUAUUGAAGAAAGAUGAGACCAAGAAUAUUUGUAAGAGGCCAAGACUUUUAAAUACUGGAGUUGUUCAACCAUGUGGCAUUGUCGUUGGUAAGGAUGUUUGAAAUUUUCCUGCGAAGGUGUGUGAUUGUAUUAGAAGCUUUCAUUGAUAAAAAAAAUCGUUGAAGGCCAAAGAAAAAAAAACCUGGAGUUUCUUCAGUAUAAUUUAUUUUUUUAGAUAAACCCUCCGUAUUAAGGCAUUUUUGUGCAAAAAAAAAAAACAUUUUUGAGAUAUACGAGGCGAAACUAAGGGGGGUGAAAAUUUGUGAUAGAACAACUGCGUUUUAUAUUGUCCGGAAAAAAGGACUUUGCCAUUAAUUUAUUCUGACAUUUUUCUUUUAUUUUGUCAUUUUGUGUAUUUUCCCUCAUGUGUUUUCCCCAAUUAUUCAUUAUCUAGUAUGAAACACUUGCUUUCAUCAGCCACUGAAUCCAUUACAACACUAUUCUCACUCAUUGAAUUUUUUCUUCUUCUUCUUAAUUUUAUUUUCUGAUCAAUUUUCAAAAUGCCGUCAACCUAGAAGGAAAAUAAAAAUUAUUUCACGUAUUUUGAGGUUAUCUUUGUUAGUGCGGAAUUUUGGGUUUAUUAUCUCUUUCGCUAUCUUUAUAUGAAAAAUUGUUAAAUAAGUUUCGAGUAUAUAUGAAAAUUGUCUUCUCUUGUUUAUAAUUAAAGAAUGAAGAUCAUUUUGCCAUUUCUUUUUAUCGCAAUCCAAAAAAUCUCAGGAUAUUUAUUAUUAAGAUGUUAUAUUCUCUAGAGUGUAACUUAAAAACCAUAAAGUUGUGUUGCGCUUAACAUAAUAGUAUGCGGUCAAAAUCAGAAGUUUCUUUCGCACGACUAAACGAAAGCCCUAAUAAGCGAAGAGUUGUAAAAGUUGCCGAUGGAAUACUCUUGUAAAACCAUAAACGCCUUUUGCCGAAGAAUGUCAUAGGCCACAUAAUCAUCGUGUAUUCCUCACCUUACACCUUCGUGUCUCUUCAAAAUGAAAAAAAAGAAUAUAUAUAUAAAGUGUAUUUUCAAAUUCUUACUGUUGUCAUUAAUAUUUCUUCUAUAAAUAAAAAUUUUUACAAAUUAGAAAAAAAAAAUUUACAUUUUUGUCAUUUAGAAUUGAAAAUUUUUUCUGUCUUAAAUUUUUUACACACGUUUCAAAUCUAUGUUUCGUCGGUAAUGUAGAUAAAGGUGGGAAAUAUUUAAAAUAUUUCUUUUACUAAUAAAUAAAAUACUCCAUAAUCACUUCAGAGAAAAAAAAAGUGUGAAAGAAAAAAGUCUUGGUGUAAGAAAAAAAUUAUUGGAAAAAUAAAAUUAGAUUAGAAAAUAUACAUCGUUGUGAAAAUUUAAGAGACUAGAAAAAAAAAUGAGACGAUGAUGAUUAUUUAAUAUAAUGACAUUGUGAUAUAUUUGUGCGAGGGUAUUUUUUUUUUUUAAACAAAAUUUUUGUGAAAAAUAAUAAUUAUUAUUAUCUCGACAUUAAUUUAAUAUUUUCACUUUAAAAAAAAGUGAUAUAUGUAAUAUGUGUAAAUUAUUUUUGUAUAAUUAACAAAUUUUCAUAAUUUAUAAAAAUUAUUUUUUAAGAACUAUUAUUUUCAUUUUGCAAAU